GUGUGCUCCGCUUGACGAACACUGCAUCGACCUUGGCUAGCUGAGGAUGGCAGGGAUGGCGUGGAGGUCAGCGAUUGUUAAUCUACUAAGAAAGUUGGGUUUAUCGAUCAAUGGCAAGGAUAAAAUCAAGGCACAGGAAGUGUCACGGGUGGUUGGAGCUUUGAAGACAGAGACUUCAAGACCCGUGACGUCUGUCCGUGGGAUGCAAACCGUUACUUUAAUCCCUGGUGAUGGAAUUGGUCCAGAGAUCUCCACUGCUGUCAUGAAGAUAUUUGAAGCAGCUAAAGCACCUAUACAGUGGGAAGAGAGAAAUGUUACAGCAAUUCAAGGACCUGGGGGCAAGUGGAUGAUUCCUCCUGAUGCUAAAGAGUCAAUGGAUAAAAAUAAAAUUGGACUAAAAGGUCCUUUGAAGACCCCAAUAGCUGCUGGUCAUCCCUCUAUGAACCUGCUUCUGAGGAAAACAUUUGACCUGUAUGCUAAUGUCCGCCCCUGUGUGUCUAUUGAGGGGUACCAGACUCCAUAUACUGAUGUGAACCUGGUCACCAUUAGGGAGAACACAGAGGGUGAAUACAGUGGGAUUGAACAUGUGAUUGUUGAUGGAGUUGUACAGAGUAUUAAGCUGAUUACAGAGCAAGCCAGUCAGCGCAUCGCUGAGUACGCUUUUGAAUAUGCCAGAAAUAAUAAGAGGGCCAGUGUUACUGCUGUUCAUAAAGCUAAUAUUAUGCGCAUGUCAGAUGGGCUUUUCCUGCGAAAGUGCAGAGAGGCCGCUGAAAAGCACAAAGAUGUGAAAUUUACUGAAAUGUACUUGGACACUGUGUGCCUUAAUAUGGUACAGGAUCCCACACAGUUUGAUGUGUUAGUGAUGCCAAAUUUGUAUGGAGACAUUUUGAGUGAUCUUUGUGCUGGACUAAUCGGAGGUCUUGGAGUGACACCUAGUGGUAACAUUGGUGCUAAUGGUGUUGCCAUAUUUGAGUCGGUUCAUGGAACCGCCCCAGAUAUAGCAGGAAAAGAUAUGGCCAACCCCACUGCCUUGCUACUCAGUGCAGUCAUGAUGCUUCGACACAUGGGUCUGCACGACUACGCCAAGAAGAUUGAAACUGCCUGCUUCGACACCAUCCGUGAGAAAAAGGUUCUGACAAAGGAUUUGGGAGGGAACUCAAAGUGUUCAGAAUUUACAGGUGCGAUAUGCAGAAGAGUGCAGGAACUGGAGUAAAAGGAUGCAUGCCAUGUUGAAUUUUUAACCAAAUAUGUAUUUAAAAAAACAGACUCAGGAGUUUGAGAUCCUGAAUGUUUUAUUUGUGUCGUUGCACACUCCAAAGCACCAUCUGACAACUCUUGACCAACAGGCAGUAUAUACUGUAUGUGAUAUGCAUUUUAGUCUUAACUAUUUAAUAUGUGCUGGAUUGUGGUCUAUAUUUAUUGGAUAAAAUUGUCUAAUGUACUUUACACUGUGAUUUUGCAGAAAAGUACAGAUUGAACUUGAUAUUUUCACAUAACCAAGCUUCCAUUGCAUCAAGCUCACACAUGUUUUGCACUAAAUGUUCUACUGUCAUUGUGUUUUUCUUGCUACAAACAUAUAAAGGGAAAUGAAUAAAUGUUAUAAUGCCAUCA